AUGGAUCUAGAUAUAUCCAUAGGUCCUCCUCGAGAGGCUCUCGACGUGCCGUCCGCUGAUGACGGAAACCAAGCAGAUCGACUUCAUACCUUAGGCCUUAGGUACCGAGAUCGAUAUCUGCAAGACAGAGCGGAAGAAGACCUAGAACAAGCCAUUCAGUAUUUACAGAAGGCUGUCGAUCUGUCGCCAGAAGAUGGUUCAGAAUCAGCAGCUUGGCUUUAUGAUCUUGGAGUGGCAUAUCAAAGCCUAUUCCGGCGACAUGAGAUUGCUAUUCGGCAUCUUCAAGAUGCUGUCGAUCGGACACCUGAAGGCCACCCACAGAGAGCGAAGCGACUAGAGCGCCUUGGGGGUGCUUAUCGGGAACGAUAUAUACGAAAAGGAGAUACUGCAGAUAUAGAUGCUGGGCUCCAAUAUUCUCAAGAAGCCGUGCAUCUGACAUCACAGACUGAAGCCAUGUCGGACUAUGUUCUUCGGCUUGAAGCUCUUGGUAUGGCACAUGAGGACCGGUAUAGAGCAAGAGCCGACUGGACAGAUAUAGAGACAUCCCUCUGGUAUUUCCAAGAACUUCAACGUUUGACACCACAUAACGAUCCACGUUGGCCAUGGCGACUGGACUGUGUUGGGAGGGUAUACUUAACAUUGUACCAGGUCAAAGGGAAUGAAGUAGAUUUGCACACGGCUAUCCGAAACAUUCAAGAAGGUAUAAAUCUAAUAUCUGAAGAUGACCCAAACUGGUCAAGUCAGCUUGAAGGUCUUUCCAUGGCACUUUUGUGCCGAUUUGCCUUGACAGGGGAUGAUAUGGACCUUGAUAAUGCUAUAAAAUAUGCUCAAAAGGCCCUCGAUACUACACCACAAAGACUUUCAGAGCGAGUCAGCAAACUUUCCGUCCUUGGGUUGUGCCACGAAGAGCGAUUUCUUCGAAAGAAUAUGGCCUCAGAUCUGGACACUGCUAUCAAAAUUCACCAGGAAGCUCUCAGUCUUACCCCAAAAGACCAUCGGGCUCGGGCCGAGAAACUAUUUCUCGUCGGCGGGGGACACUGGGAUCGGUGUUGUCGAGAUAAUAAUCAAGCCUACAUGGACACGGCUAUUCGGUAUAUGCAAGAAGCUCUCGAUCUGACGCCCAAAAAUCACAUGAUGCGGGCAGAACGGCUCCAUGCCCUUGCAAGAAUCUAUCAAGAGCAGACAAAUUUAGAAGCCGCCAUACCUAAAUUUCAAGAAGCCCUUGAAUGCACAGCCAAGGAUGACUAA